CUUCAGAGAAAUUGGGCACAUAGCUUUACACAGUCUCAAGAGGAUAAUCCCACCAAGAGACAUCACCAAGACUUAGGAAAUGGUAAUGCUUUGACGAUGUUUUUACUGUAUCAGUCUCAAGAGGAUAAUCCCACCAAGAGACACCGCCAAGAAACACCACCAAGACCUAGAACAUGA